AUUCUUAGGUUUUAAUUAUAUAUUCUUAAUUCUUAAGUAGAGACAAUACAGAUAAUGAAAACGGUAACGAUUGAUUUUUACUUUUUGACUCUGGCCAUGUUGUCGAUAAAGUAUUUGACAUAAAAAAUAUAAUUACAAAUGGCGUUUACGUAGAAUAGACAGAUGUGUUCACGGCCACGAUGGGCGAUGAUUCUUUGAUAUUACGAGAAGAUGGUUAUAUUCGUAUGAACUUUCCUGUUUCUUCUUUAACGUACCAUAGUAACUUAAAUAUAAUUUUGGUGAAGACUGACGUGGGUGGUGUACACGUUUUGGAUGUGAACUCUGGUGUGAUACUUCAGUCAUCUUGUCUAUCAGCGGAUGAAGGCGGUACUGUCGGCGUCGAAUAUGCAUCAGGAGCGGACCGUGUGUUGUUAUGGGACAGGAGUGGUGUCGGCGCUCGCACAGACUACAACGGGGUGCUGCUGCUGCAUACAGCACUGCAGCGCCGACUGCCCUCUCCACAGCCCGAGACCGUCGUAAAGAUCGAACUCGUCCUCUCAGAGGCGGUGAUCCUGUACCAGUGCCUGCAGAACCUAGACGUGAACGCGAUCGAGGGUCUGCAAGACUUCGUCAACGCACUCAAAACUGCUAUCGAUGCCGAGCCCACUAGGAAAGGCGUCAAAGCUCAAAAGUGGAGUACAGUAACGAUCUCCCUGCCGCAAGUGACCUUCCGUCUGGUGACUGCGGCGGUGGUGCACGAGCUGAAGGGACAGAACCGACGCGUGCCCGCGCUGGCCAUCGCCUCCGCCGUGCGCCAGCGCGCCAACGAGCUGAUGCCCAGCGCGCGCGACGGCGAGACCCGCGCCCUCAUGUACUCCGAGGCCGAGAGGAAAGAGACCUUCAAGCGGUGGCCGCAUAUGGACUACAAUGGUGGUAUUUGUGAUGUGACCAGGUGGGCGUUGCCGGCGCGCAUGGCGCAGGCGGGCUUCUACCACCAGCCGUCUCCGAGCGGCGACGACCGCGCUAUGUGCUUCACUUGCAUGGUGUGCCUCGUCUGCUGGGAGAAGUCGGACGAGCCCUGGGUGGAGCACGAGCGCCACUCGCCCAACUGUCCCUUCGUGCGCGGCGAGUACACGCACAACGUGCCUAUCUCGGUUUCAAAUGCGACUGCAUGCGCACAUCCCUGUCCUGACAUCUCGGUGGUGUCGAAAGGCAACACGGGUGACCUGGUGGCCACCGGCACUGCUGAGGGCAAGGUCUCCCUGUGGCGCUUCGAUAGCGGACUCAAGUUUGUCAAUGUCGUCAACCUCUCCCCGUACGACUCCAUCUUCAGCGGAAUACUGGCCACCGAAAGUAAUAAAGUUUGGGCCGCUAGCCUGGAAAAGGAUUCAUCCACAUACGACCUCGAGCUUACGGCGAUGGCGUUCAUUGGCAUGACCUCGAAACAGGCCACAUACCAGCAAAAUCAAAGCACAGAAGCUAACGAGAAGGAGUCGAGCGGUGUCAAGUCGAAGCCCUCCCUCGUAUGUGCAGUGAUCGUCACACGAACCAACUGUGUGCAGGAGGACCAGCCCCUCGCCGAUGACGUGAACAAGGCGCUGUUCGACUCUGGCGGUGUCAGCCAGUCUGACGAGAGCAUUAAAGAGAUGAACGACCAAAACGAGGCCAAGAAUAAUCAGACCUCCGAGAAAAUGCUUUUCCUUCUGACUUACGACAUAUACGGCUCGCUGGGGGGCACCGUCGCCACGGUCGUCCACACCUCCAACAGCAGCGCCAACUCCAAGCCCGGUGGCAGCAAGAAGAUCCCGCUCCUGCCGGUGCCCAGGACCGACGAGGGCAAUAUCUACGACGAGAUAUACUUCCAGUACUCCGAUGAGGAGACCGAGCUUCCACAGUGCCCCAACUUAUUAGAUGAACAUAUUAGUAACGUUAUUAAUUUAAAUGCAUCGUCCAGCAAAGAGAUCUGCAAAUUUUGGGACACAAAGAAAAUUAUGUUCGCGAAACAUUACAAAGUGCUAGCGCCUUCCCCUCCGAGUGCACUGCUGCCCGAGCUGCCUGAGCCCGGACAGACGACCAUCAUUGAUUUCGUCGGGAAUUUGUCGCAGCUCAAAAGCUGGAAGAGCGGCAACCUGGACUCUGUUGGCACCAAAUUAGCCGAUCAGCCCGAUGCGAUUCAAAUCGGUCCGCCGACUAUUCCGCCGACCAUCACUCAUUACUUCAACAUGAAUGGACCUCUGGAAAUAUCAGAUUUAAAAUGGUACGAAGACGGCGAAGGUAUUGAGAAAAUCAAGAUUCCCCCGUUCACUGUAUGUAAACCUGGCACGGAGACCGCCGUCAGUAACAGCAACAACGACGGCUUCGAUAGCGACGCCAACCAGGAAGAGCCUUUGUAUCCCAUCGUCGCUGUGCAGUGCCUCCGCCUGCCGACCAACUUGGACAUCAAUGAUGCUUCUAAAAUAACGCACCUGUUGCCGACCGAGGACAAGGAACAUUUAUUAGUGGUCGUUUCCGGCAUCGAAUCAGCCAAAUCAAAACCGGAGCCCGAGGCGGAUGGCAAUAGCGACAUGAACAUGGACGUUGACGAGAGCGAAAUCGACAGCACAGUAAAAGACUCCAAGGCUCAUUUCUUACUUUACAAAAUUAACAAGAAAACCUCCGUUUACACCCUGGACGAUCAACCCGUUUUAGUUAAAGAGUUACCAUACAAUGAGAGCCCCGUAGACUUAUGUCUCAUGCCUGCCGAUAAACACGACCAAUGUUCCCUGGCAGCGGUCGGGGUGGACGGCACUUUAAGAAUGUAUUCAAUGUCAGAUUUCAACAUGUUGUCUGAAAAAUCUCUACCUAACAGUCAGUUCACGUCGGUCGUGUACUGCACUUCUGUGGAGCGGCUCAGCGUCGCCACCAAACAAGGCAUGAUCUACUUCUACGCCCUCAACGACGGGGAGAAAGAUUCAGCUGGAGCCGUAGUCGAAGACCAUUACUCUAAUGUAGACCUGGAUAUGCUGUGGUACGAGUCGUUGAGCGGGCCGACCAGCCCUCCCGUUAUCAUAGCUAACAAGCCCGAGUUGAACAUCACAGACUUAGAAACGUUAAUAACGCUCAGCGGUAUGUACGGCUCCAACGAUACCGUACCGUACAGCACCGUGGUGCCGGGCUUCUGGUGCGAAUUGUCCCCCGCACAAAGGUCGAGAUCCGAUCACCAGAACAACAGAUGCUGGAGACUGCAAAAUACAUCUUCUACCUGGGAUGAGCACGUGCUAGAGUUGACUAUGCCGUACAGCGUCUCACUUGCACAUAUAGAAUUUAGUUUCACUUUGCACAAUGCCAGUACGGGAAAUUUGCCCGUGAUUCAGGUCACCUUAUUGAAGCAGAAUUUGCACGGGGUUGGAUACAAAAAGGAUGCAUCGUUCUGCCAGCGAGCCGAUUCACCCGUCCAUUUCCCUGUCGUGGACUCCGACGGUCCCAACAUAGAGAACCCCGUCAAUAGUGAGGAGUACCUCCAGGCUCACAACGCAGAGAUCCUCGCGGGGCCGUUACUGCUCUCCUCCGGACUGGACCUAACGCAGCAGUCGGGCACAUUGAUACUGACCAGCCCGCGCUUGUUUAGAGCGAGAGGCAGAACGUUCUUGAUUCAUAUUAAGACCUUGUUUGAUCCGGCUAAGGACAUGACGAAAGGUCCGACCAAGUUUGGCGAGAGCUCCAAAAAGACAGGCUUCAUCGGCUGCGAUUGGCUACAUCAGAUAUCGAUAACGGUGAGGUCCAGUCCACACACCGAGCUGCCGAUGGAGAAGCAGCAGCGGAUCGCUAUGCUCGAAUCCAACACGUUCUUGGACACGCUUUGCGAAAUAGCAACAAAAAAGGGAGGUAACGAGGAACGAAGACUCGCUCUGGAUCUCCUGAACUGGGUGCUGUCUGUACGACUACAACGCAUGCGACUGGUGGAAAAGGGCCAGGACAAAGAGGCUGAGAGCCCAGUGGAGACGCAGCAGCUGGAGUGCGUCGCCGUCAUAGAGAAGCACAUCGAGGCGCUCGUCAAGAACUGCAUCCUAUGCGCCAACAGGAGCAUCGCCAAGAAGUGCAUCAAAAUUAUACUUAUCACCAGCGAGGGUGUGAAGCAGCUGCCGAAGCCGUGGAAGUGCACGUUCGAGUCGCGGCUGUCGCAAUGCGUGGUGUCGUGCGUGCCGUACGUGGGCGCGUGCGGCUCCCCCGGCGCGCUCAAGUGGCUGGCGGCACUGGCGCAGCACGCUGUACCGCCGCACGCAGCGCCCGCGUUACUCGCCCACUGCUGCCGCCUGCUCGACCUCGCCUCCAAGUGCCUCCAGGACCGCACCGAUCUCUACCACCAUUUGUUGCGUGCUAGGUUCGGCCUGUACGGGCUACCGCUGGAGCGCAGCAUCUUCACGACAGAGGUGCCGGAGUUAGGUCGCGCGGCUAGUACGCAAGCCAGCAGCAGCGACGACACCGGCCCCAUCAUCAGGCCCGACCACCAGCUCAAGGACCUGCUCAAUCUGCCAAUCAACACCGAAGGUAAGAGCAAUGGUUCGUCGAGUGGCGCGUGGUGGGCGAGCGGUCCGGCGAGCACGGCAUGCGGCGUGGCGGCGGGCGAGGCGCUGGCGCUGCAUGUCACCAGCUACGUGGCUUCUGACGGCACCAAGCUGGAGUCGGUCGUCGCCCGACACCAGCCCGCCGUGGUCAGCGCGCUGCCCACCGACUCACAGCAGCUAUGGACAGUGGUGAAGGAGGGGCAUGGCAAACAGCAGUCGCAGGAUCCCGACUCCCUUGACGACGUGGAGAGCUCCAUGAUGGAGUGCGACCCCCAAGACAAACCCGAAACGCCGGGGGAUAACUUCUUUACGCAGGAGGAGGAACAGUGCGGCAUCCCGUGGGCUACGCUGGUGAGCAAGCCGCCGCAGCACACGCUGGUGGUGGAGCGCAUGCACUCGGGCGCUCGCCGCUACAUCGUACUAGACUUUGGACACACCGUGCGACUUACUGAUGUCAUAAUCCCGUCGUGCUCCGACCUGGUGACUCUGUGUAUUGACAUCUGGGUGGCCGGCGAGGAGACGGACUGCGUGAAGCUCGCCUUUGCUUCCGACAUCGCCACCAAGCACCUCGUCCUCACUGACAUACAGCCGCCGCCGCUCUGCAGAUACAUGAAGAUAACGACAAUUGGGCGCUACGGCAUGUCGGCGAUGAAGUGCAAGAUCCCGCUGGGCUGGUUCUACGGCGAGAUCGCGGAGGUGCCCAACGUGCAAGCCUCCAUCAACGCCCUCAACGCCCUGCACCAGGACCUUAGCUGCAGGUUUAGGUUGGCAACCGGAAAACUGAUUGAUCUCUUGAAUCCAUAUCUGGAAAUGUACAACGGUAACGCUGCCAAUAUGAUGGCGUACUUCAACUUGGCCAACGAGGUGGACCCGAAGGUGGUCGCCGCGUACCAGGAGUGCAUGGAGCUGCAGCAGCAGGUGCACAACUGCAACAACAUUUUGCGCAAGCUCAGCAACGGCGCUGACUGCAACGAGCGCGCGCUCGACAUGAUAAACCGCGGCGCUGUCACUGCGGAGGACCUACUGCUGCGCGCAUCCACAGACAAGCUGCGCGUUAUCGCAGAGAACGUUGUCGACAUGCUACUUUACUUCGUCUUCCAAAUGGACGAGGUGCAAUUCCCGGAGGUAUCCAGUGAGUGGUUCUCGUGUGUGUCGUCGCUGCUGUGGUCUUGCGGCGCGCGCGGUGCGGCCUCACUGAGCACCCUGCUGGCGCGACUCUGCGGCUCAGCCGACUGGUGGGGCGAUCGCCUCGCCGACCUGCUCUGCGACGCUUUCUCGCCGCACGACGCACCGCCAAGGCCACUCGAUAGAUGUCUAGUGGUAGUGAUGUACAUGUGCCGGAAGAGCAUGUAUGCGCACCUGGAGACGGGCGGCACUGGCGUGGCGGCGGCGCUGGCGAAACGAGCGCUGACCCUGCUGCGCGCGUCUGAACCGCGACCCGCGCCUCUGAUCGCGCUGCUCACCGCUCUGGCUUCCGUAUUGGACGCCGCGCUGCCGCCGCCCAACACCGUGCUCAUGCCCGUUGCCAACGCCACGCCAGCCGCACAGAGACUCAAGAGAUGGGAGUGGUUGACGGGCGGACUGGCGGGUGCGGGCGGGGCGGGCGGCGCGGACGCAGCUGGCGAGCGCGGCGACUGCAAGCUGCCGCGCCGCAAACUGCACAAGAAGCUGCUGAACCACAUGCACGAGAUUGAGUCGGUGCGACGCGCUCGCCACCGAAUCAAAGCUCGAUUGGUGUCGUCGGGCAAGUUGGGGGGCGUGGUGAGCACCAAAGCAGAGGACAUGGAGCGCGCAACGCGUCUCGUGCCCCCCGCGCUCGCCGUGCAGCUCGCGCAGGCGCUCGUCGCACACCUGCUCGCCGCCGACAGCUCCGUCUCCGGCGAGACGCUGCUGCUCUGCGCCAAGGUCGUGGGGCGACUUUGCGCUGCGAGCGGCGGCGCUUCCCUGCUGGAGCCGGCGAGCGUGCUGGGUCUGGCACGGCUGGCGGUCACGCUGCCGCCGUGGCCGAGGCACGCGCUCAUCACGUUGCUGCAGGAUUUGGUCGAGUAUGAAAACUUAGACGGUACCCCGAGUCCCACCAGCGACGAGCCGACCUGGAGCGAUACGAACACAACUCGGCCGACCGUCACUCAGGAUGACAUCGGCGCCAGGACGCCGCCGCGUAAGAACAAGGCCGGCAGUGUUGCAGAUUCGUUAGCGGCUAGCUUUGGCCUGUCGAAGAGCGGCAAGCCGAAGUCCAAGCCCAAAGUUGCCGCAACCGCACUAGCGGCCGCAAAUGCAGUGAAAACUAUCGAAUAUCGUCUCAGCCAAGUAGCGGAGCUGGAGGUGUUGCUCGACUCGGAGACGGAGGACAAACAGGAUUCAGACUUUGUGGAACUAAAGAGAUUCAAGAUAAAACCCAUCGGUGAUAACUUCAACACAAGCAUAUCGACGUGCGUGGACGCGCGGUUAGAGAGUGGCGUGGCGGCGGCUGGCGAAGCCCUGGCGCGGCGGCUACUAGCCGCAACAUCCGGCGCGCUGGCGGCGGCCCUACGCCCUGCAUCCACCCCGCCCGUCACCCCGCCGUUGUCGCCGGGCAUGAGCCCCGUGCCCUCGCCCGCCGGGCCCGCCUCACCGCCCGCAGCGGGACCCAGCCACCAGGCCAUAGCUUCAUCCUCCGCCUCGGCAGCCCUGCGCGCUCAUCCCCCGCUGACGCAUACGCUUUACGACGUGUUCAGACAUCUGGCGCUUGAGUUUCCGCAACAGCGCGACUGCAGCCUGAUGGAGAACGUGCUGUCGCUGUGGAUGACGCUGAACGGGUGCGCGUGGGGCGCGGGCGGUGCGGGCGGUGCGGGGAGCUCAGGCAGCGCCACCGGAUCGGGGGCGUGGUCGACCGUGCCCUCGGACACACCGCGAGUGCGCCUCGCGCCGGACACCGUCACCGCUAUAUUGCACCAGCUCUGCACAGUGGAUAAUAUAUCUUUGAGAUGCUGGAUAUUAUCAAUGCAGUCUUUGGCAUGGAUAGCGGGACUACCUUUACAAUCGGAAGGCGGGGCGCAGACCCUGGGCCGCUUCGUGCUGGAGAGCGAGUACUUCGUGCCCGCCCUCGUCAAGUUCAUCUCGAUGGACGUCAACGUGGACUGCGCUGUCAACUGCUCGGAGUCUUAUCUCUCGGGGUCGAGCGUUGGAGCAGGACAGGGUGCGGCAAGUGCGCUGCAAGCUGUGCUGACGCGCGUGGUGAAGGCGCGCAGCGGUGCAGGUGCAUUGGUGGCUUUGCGCGUGCUGGCAGCGUUGUGGGCUCCGCAGCGCGCGCACGACAGCGCGCAACCUCUCGACCUGCACGCCGCCCUACUGCGCGCUGCACACGACCUUGUGCCCUCGCUCGCCUCGCAACACUUGCAUUACGCCAUGCCGCUCAUACGAUCUAUUGCAACUCAGAGCUUGUGGUGGAUGCGUGGCGCGGGCGGAGUGCGCAACGAGGCCAGUGCGGAGGCGCGGCUGACUGGCCUGCUGGCAGACAUACUGCCCCCCGGCGCCGCGCCCGCACGCCGCGUGCCGCCGCGUCGCGCUGUGCUCGCUCACCUGCUGUAUUACGCGCGCCGCCUGCUGGCACUGCCGCUGCUCAUGAGCACGCAACAAGGACAGGUGGAGAGCGGCGAGCAGUCGCAGACAGACGAGAGCAAGGCGUUGGACUUGGUCGAUGGCACCAAUCUGGAGGACGAGCGGAAGCAUCUACCGCGUGCGCCUUGUCUCGCCGACGCAGUAUUACAAGAAGCAGAUAUCAUGCAAGACUUUUAUGCGACGUUGUCAGUGUGUGAUGGAUUGAACACUUUCAUAUUGAACUCGGGCACAAAUACUGAAUCUUCCACAGAAUUCUCUUCAUUGAAGGAGGAAAUUUAUUGGUUGGUCGCUCAGCUGCCCACUGUUGCAUCUAACGCGGCGCUUAUGGUGCCCAGUCUGAUGGACUUCCUCAGGAAAAAGGACGUAAUAAAUCUAUCUCAAGCCAUGCAGCAACUGAUUGUGAAGCUUCUAGACAAGUCGGAGGCCUUGGCUGCCUUUAUAGAGGCUGGCGGGCUGGAGCUCUCUGUGGAGAAACUCACCACCUGCCAUCAGUCGGGACCGAGCAACAGCCAGGGUCUGGUGUCGUCCCUGAUGAACCACCUGAAGGUGCCGCCGCAGAUCAUCAACAUGUCGACCGCCGCCGGCGCUAAGAAGACUCAACCGCCUAUCACCGACACCGCCAACGGACUUGUCAACAUUGCCCCACUAUGCACCGUGUCGUGCGACAACCCGACGGCGCAGGCGGCGGACGUGUUGCUGGACGGAGGCGGACUGUCGGCUGGCGUGUGCGCGGCGCGACGCGUGCGCGCGGCCGCCUGGUCCUACCACUUCUUUAGCGCGGACGAUGCCUCGCUCGCGCUCACGCUAACACUGCCCUAUGCCGCGCAGCUGCACGAGGUUCACCUGCAGCCGCACCUCACCAGCCUUGCCACGUGCCCCGGUGCAGUGAGCAUAGAGGCAUCAUGCGGUGGCCCGCUGGUGUCGCUGGGACCACCGCAGGUGACGGCCGGCAUGACCUUUAUAAGGCUGGUGCUGGCGCGGCCGGCCGUAGCUUCCACGGUGCAGCUGCGUCUGUACAAGCCGCGCGACAGCUCCUACAUGGGCCUGCUGCAGCUGCGAGUCAUUGUCGCUCCCGCAUUCGCAGCGCCCACGAUACACGCGCCCAACGGAUACAGCAACAACUGGGUAUGCGUGGUGGCUGCGUGCACGCGCGCUCAGCUGGAGUCGUCGCGGUGGGCGCGCGUCGGUAGCCCGGCGGCAGUGCGAGCGCUGUGCGCCGCCGUGCUGGCCACCCGCGGCAGCAGCCCGCAAGCGCACGGGCACACCUCGUUCGCUGCGCAUACUGCGCUGCUAGCCGCCGCACGCGCCUGCCCUGAGCUGCGCGCCCCACUCCUCAACGCCAUACUCGCUACAGAUGAACAUGCAUACGUACAUUCGUUCCAGAUGUGCGGUAGCGGGCCUGGAGGCGUGAGCGCGGGCGCCUGCAUCACAGCGGUGUGCUGGGCGGCGCGCCAAUUGUGUCGCCGCUGCCCCGAGGGCACCACCGCUGCCUUUGUGCACUGGCUGGCCGAGGUGGCACAGCGCCCGCGCCGCGCGCCUUCUGCAGCAUUGCUACACACGCUCGCAUCGGUUUUAUGGUCCCUGAAAGAGGAGCGUCUGCUGGACAAUCUGGAGGAGCUAAUAACGGACGAGCUAUUCGACUUGCUGUUUGUGUGGGUGCAAGAGGUUGACGAGAUCAGCUUCCUCAAGAAAGCACUCGAUGCCAUCUUAUGCUCAAUGUGCUACAUAAGGCCGGAUCUCUUCAAGAAGUUAAUGGAACACAUCGGCGUUCCUGUAGACAAUGACGAAAGCAUGGAGGGACUAACAGACGACCGCAAGGUACACCAGCCGCUGCGUGUUACAAGGGCGGGUGCGAGCGGAGGCGGGUGCGGUAGCGGAGCGGUGGACGCGGCGACGUGCGGCGCGGCGGCGGCGGCGGUACGACUGAGGCGGCGCGAGCUGCGCACGCUGGCUGCGGCUGCUCUAUCUCCAGCCGCAACGCUCUUGCUGCUGCACUCACCGCUGCCGCAUGCGCUCGUGCGCUGCGUCGCAGAAUAUAGCGAAACUAAGCUACAACAAAUUAAAGAACAAUUAAAUACUCAAGAGGACGUAUAUAUGAAAGACGCCGAAAUUGAACCGAACCAAACCGUUACAACGCCAUCUAUGCAGCAUAUCAGCGACAUAGUGGAAUGGGCGCGGCUGAUGUGCGUGGAUCGCCGCUUCAAGGACUGGCUGGGCGCGGCAGGCAACACCUUCUGGCGUCCCCUCCUCUCCAUGCUCUGCUACCCGCGCCCGCGCGCCUCUUCAUGGCAGGAGAGCUCGGAGUAUGCUAAUCUGGAGGAGCACACCAUACGGUUGUUCGCAGAACUGACUGUGUGCCACGCUUCCAAUCAGAAACUCUUCGCUUCGACAUUACACAAUAUUCUCGAAUCAAUGCAAAAUACAAUAGGACCGGAAGGUCUAUCGGGAUUCACGAGGUCGCUGAUCCUGCGGCUGGUGCUGUCGUCGGAGCGCGGCACAGUGGCGCUGCGCUGGGCCGCGGUGGGCGCGGACACAGGCGCCGGCGCGGCUGCCAGCAACAGCGCACCGCCGCACCCCUCCAUGCACUGCCACGCGCUGCUCUCGCUGCCGCUUCACACCACCAUCCGCUCUCUGCUCACAGAACACCGUCCUCCCCUGGACGAGGCAACGAGGAUGAGCCUGAGCAACGCGGUGCCGGCGAUGUGGCGCAGCGCCUCUGAUGCCGCCGUCCGCACUGUGGCCGAGGCCUGGGAGCUCAGCCUGGCCGCCGCCAGCGCCUCCAAAGACAAGCGCGUCAAAGACGCCAAGAACAACUCGCUCAAGCAGCAGGGCAACAAGAAGCGACAGUCCAAGCCCAGCACCGACAACUCCGUACUGUCCCUCGCUGAAGAGUUUGUGGAGACGACGAUCCGCGUGCAGUCCACCGGACUGGAGGGCUUUGUGCCGGGCAACGUGACGUUGGCGCAGCUGGUCGCUGUCUGCCCUCACAAGUUCGGUCCGCAUCUGGCCCUCAUACUGCACCUCAACACCAACGGAGAAAUCCGUCCGAGCGACACAUGGGACGGCAGCAGUAGCAGCGGGGGCAGCAAUGUGAGCGGGGUGGGUGGCAUGGCGCUGGGCGUGCUGCACUGGUUCGCGCAGUGCGGCGGGCUGGCGCUGGUGGCCGCGCGGCUGCCGCGCCCGCACGCCCCGCCCGUUCCCCCGCCCGCGCCCUCCGCGCAUCAUCACGACCUAGACUGGGUCAAACUCGAGGAUCCCUAUGAUGACUUAGUGGAUUUGGGCGGCGCUGGCGGCCCAGGAGCGGGUGGGGGAGGCGGUGGCGCUGGGGGCGGCGAGGAGCAGUGCGCGGGCGUGCCCGUGCACGCUCUGGUGGCGCUGGGCCCGCUGCUCAAGCUGCCGGGCUACGCGGCCGCGCUACUGGACGAGGGUCCGCGCGCCGUGCACCUGCUGCGUCUGCUGCUCGGCGUCUCGCACGACGAGGACGGACGUCAGUACAAAUACUAUAAGAGCAAGAAUGUCAAUGACAAAGAAUUAUCUGCCAUCAAAGGUAAUAUAGCCGUGGGUAGUGUAGUGAGCGGUGGCAGCGGGGGCGGGGCGAAGGGCGAGGGGUCGUGGUCGCUGGGCACUCUGCCGUUCCGCGUGCUGGCGCGGCUGCUGCACGCGGCGCCGCCCGACACAGACGACGGGCGGUCGCUACGAUCCGCUCUGCUGCGCCUCGGCCUCGUGCGCCUGCUGCUCGCCUGCCUCGCAGUAUUCACGCAUCACAAACCCGCUUCCAAUGAUAAUAGUCAGGCGUCAAACGGUUCCGGCAAGCCGGAGGAGAAGAGCCAGUUGUACUGGGCGAAAGGUACGGGUUUCGGCACUGGCUCCACGCAGCAGUCGUGGAACGUGGAGCAGGCGCUCGUGCGGCAGCGCGUCGAGGAGGAACACGUCACUGUCUUGCUCGAGGUGCUGUCGGCGUACAUGAACCCUGGGGAGCGGUGGCCGCCGGAGGAGGGUGCGCCGCAGCCUUCCCCGGAGGGCGAGGAGCGCGACCAUCACCUGCCACACGAGUUUGUCGACCUCAUCGCCAACAGUUCCCUGCUGCCCGCCAUAUGCUCCUACCUCAGGAAUGACUCAGUGUUGGACAUGUCGCGACACAUCCCGCUGUAUGUGUGCGUGCUGAGCUGCGCGCGCGCCCUGCACGCGCUGCGCUGUCGGCGGCUGGCGGGCGCUCUACGCGCUGUGCCGCAACUGCUCUCACUCAUGAGCCGUACUACCAACUCCUACGCCAGCAAGCUCAGAAUGAGCAAAAAGAACAUAUUCGGUAAGAUGACGUACAGCCAAAGAUUCAACACGGCAAGCAACUGCGAGCUGUCGGAGGAGGACGAGGGCCUCGCCGCCCUCAUCGCAGACAUACAGGCGACAUCGGCUCUGAUGUGCCGGUCGGAGGGCGAGGCGGAGGCGGGGGGCGUGCCGCGGCCGCUGGGCGGAGCCUCGCGUGAGGCGCGCUACAUCAACCUCAUGCGCACCAUGCAAUUCGAGACGUUCGAGAUGCUAGCAGAGUGCUCAGAGAACGGAUACCGAUUCACGGUGCCGUACCACUUUGAGGGUACGGUGCGCGCGGCCGGCGAGCGAGCGCACCCGGCGCGCAUGAAGCGCCUCGCGCAGGAGGCCGCCACGCUCGCCACCAGCCUCCCACUCUCAUACUCCUCCUCCGUCUUCGUGCGCACCGACACAGACCGCCUCGACGUCAUGAAGGUCCUGAUAACUGGUCCCUCGGACACGCCGUACGCGAAUGGAUGCUUCAUCCUGGACGUGUACUUCCCGGCUGAGUACCCCGCCGUGCCCAUGCUCAUCAACUUGGAGACGACGGGCCGGCAUUCGGUGCGCUUCAACCCCAACCUGUACAACGACGGCAAGGUGUGCCUCUCCGUGCUCAACACCUGGCACGGCCGCCCCGAGGAGAAGUGGAACGCGCACACCUCCAGCUUCCUACAGGUGCUGGUGUCAAUCCAGUCACUGAUCCUGGUGCCGGAGCCGUACUUCAACGAGCCGGGCUACGAGCGCAGCCGCGGUACGCGCGUCGGCAGCAACGCAUCGCUCGAGUACAAUUCCAACAUCUACCAGGCAUGCGUGCGCUGGGCCAUGCUCGACCACCUGCGCAACCCCGAGCCCUGCUUCAAGGAGGUGAUACAGACACACUUCUGGAUCAAACGUAACGAAAUAAUGCAAACGGUCGCCAACUGGAUCACGGAGCUGGAGGGUCAGAAUGGCGACGAGCGCACGCAGCGCAGCAUACAGCACAACCUGAUGGCGCUGAAGCGGCAUUACGUGAAGCUGCAGGAGGAGCUGGCCAAGUUGCCGGUGCCGCCGGGCCUUGAGGACCUGGACGAGCCCUUCCAGCUGCCGGCCGCGCCCUCCCCGCCGCCCGCGCCCGCCGGCCCGCACUCCCCGCGCGCGCCUCGCGCCCCCCUGCCGCUGCACUCGCUCACCAACGAGGAGCUCUACAACGACAUGGAGAAGAUCGUCGCCCAGGUCCUGGAGUGAGCUCCGCCCUCGCCCUGCUCCCCACUCCCCAC